AUGGAGGAAGGGCGAGACGAGAAAGAGGCCACGUCUGAGAAUUCAGAAGACCGGGGCAACACUAGUGACAGCAGCAGAUGCGACGGCAGCGGCCUGAUGUCCGUCCAAUUCAUGCAGAAGAUUCUUGCCGAAAUUCUGGGCACCUACUUCAUGAUCUUGGCGGGGUGCGGCGCCGUGGUGGUGAACCAGAGCACGGGCGGCGCGGUGACGUUCCCGGGGAUCUGCGUCGUGUGGGGGCUCGUCGUCAUGGUCAUGGUCUACUCCGUCGGCCACGUCUCCGGGGCGCACUUCAACCCCGCCGUCACCAUCGCCUUCGCCACCUGCCGCCGCUUCCCGUGGAAGCAGGUGCCGUCCUACGUGCUGGCUCAGGUGCUGGGAUCCACGCUGGCGAGCCUGACGCUGCGACUGACGUUCGGCGGCGCGCACGGGCACUCGUUCGGGACGAUGCCGUCCGGUUCGAGCACGCAGGCGGUGGCGCUCGAGUUCAUCAUCUCCUUCUACCUCAUGUUCGUCGUCUCGGGCGUGGGCACGGACGACAGAGCAGUUGGUGAGUUGGCUGGUCUCGCAGUUGGUGCCACCGUCGUGCUGAACGUGCUCUUUGCCGGGUACAACACGGGGGCGUCGAUGAACUCUGCGAGGAGCCUAGGGCCGGCGAUCGUCGCCUGCCGGUACGGCGGUGUGUGGGUGUACGUCGUCGGCCCGGUGUGCGGGACGGUGGCGGCAGCCUGGACCUACAACCUCAUACGGCUCCCGGACAAGCCGAUCGCCAGGAGCGGGUCGACUGCGUCGUUUCUCAGACCGCUGUAA